AUGACAACCAGCCCCGUCUCCGAUCCCGACUCCGGCUCUAAUGGCACCAGUAAGUACCACGAUUUGAGGGAUUACGUCAUGAACAAGGGGUUUCACAAUAAAUAUGGUCUUUUUGAGUUUGAAAACAGGAAAAAGAGGGGAAGAUGGACAAAAGUACGAGUAAGAAAAGAAGUCUGUCUUCUCUGGUUCAAAACAAGAUGAAUAAUUAAAGUAAACGAAGUCCGCUCUUAAUUAUAACCGUGAAUCACAAGAUUACAACAGCAAUUAUUGCAGUAAACGCAGGCGCGAGCACUUCUUCCCAGCAGUUCUGUCCGGCCCCUCCCUUCUUUUCGAAUCCAUUUAUGGCCCCGUUCUUGCCCCAACAACCUAAUGGUGUAUAUCAAUCAUCAUCGCCGCAAAUGAACGGCCAGAUGCCCUCAGGACAAGAGAAGACCGAGUUCCGGGUCAAUCCGCUGACCGGUGGCUACUUUCUCUCGCCGCAACAAUAUCAGGAGAUGAUGCAGCAAUACAUGCACGGUCUUCUGGUGGCCGCUUCUCAGGGACAGCAAGUUGAUCCUAAUAUGGGAGACAUGGUGAGAUCAGAUUAAUAUUUUUGAUGGUUUAGAUAUAUUUAUUGGUCAUUUUGAUUUAAGUUUCGUAUUCUAGAACACUGCGAAUCCGUUCUUUCCGUCUUCUCAUAUGACUGCAUUCUCUCAAUGCACCCUCAGCUCUUCCUCAACACCUUCAAAGGCCCCUUCGCUUACCAGAACUGACCUUUCAACUAGCUCUAGUCCAGUCCAAACAAAGGAUCGGGUCCAUCCUCAAUCUCCGUUGAGUUUCGUCGAUGAAAUCAGCAUGUUACACAAGGAGUUGAUAAAUGGUAAGUAUUUAAAAACGUUGUCUAUUCCUCAUGAUUUAACUCUUUUGCCCUAAGGGUUUGGACUUUGGGAUUUUAAUUUAGUUGGGGUAUCGAGUCGAGAGAAGAUACGAAGCGGCCGUUUGCAUGUCGGGGAUAUCUGAGAGCGGCCGAAACUCUUUCUUUAAGGCCGCUCAAAUUAUAAUUAGGAAUUCGGGCCAUGGUUUGGUCAAAAAACCUAAUUUUGGCCUUGGAAUAGUCGCGUCAAGGGUAGCAGAAUCACCGGGGAUUUGAGCUCAAAAUUAACCUUGUCCAUCGUUUUCUUCCAUUAAUUCUUUGAGGUUUUCCUUUCAAAACAGCUGAGGAAAUAUUUGUUUUAUUAAAGCAAGUGGUAAGAAUGAUAAGGGAAGGUCCGAACAUCUUGAUUGACACUCCAAUUUGUCCAUUUGCAGUUCCCCUUCCUCAUUUCGUAGGUGUUUAUGAUUGUUUCCCCCAUUUAUCUUGAUUUCCCUUCUCUGGCCACGACAUUUCUGUCUUUUAUUGGGCAUAUGUCAUAAAUCUUAAUGUACUCCGAUCGGUGGUUUCUUGGCCAUAUUUGUUAUUCUUGGGGGGUUUCUUCGGGAAAUGUCAUCGCCCGCCCUUUUGCCGUCGGAUGUCAUAAUUCUUUGACGUCUCUUUAAUUAAUUAUGCCGUUGAAUGGAAAGGAGAUGUUUUGGAGUUAUUUUUGCAUAAUUAGUGCUAAUUAUAGCUGUAAACUGCCAGAUUAAUAACUGAUUACUGGACAUCAGGCCUAGUGUAAUAUAAGAUUACUUCCUCCUACUCUCUGGCUGUUAAUAUCCAAUCCCCAUUUAGGGGCAUUUCUUUGUUUUUUGGAGGCCUUAUAAGCAAAUGUUAUCUUUUUCUUUGGGUCGAAUCAUCAGCUGAGUCAUGGAGAACAAGGCCCGAAGAAGGUCAAGGAAUGCGUGUUCGGGAGAUGGUCGAACACGGCGUCGGCCUUGAGUGGACAGUGGCCAGGCCUGGGGAUUUCAAGGAAUUGGCCUUGGCCCUGUCCGCGAGAAGCUGCCCUUUUCCUCUUCUCCUCUUUUCUCUCGCCUCUCUUUUGUUUUCCCGCACUCUCUCCCCUCUCGCCCGAGGCCAUGCUCCCAAAAGAGCUUCCUUUUCUUGGCACCUUCAUCUUGUUGUAUGUAAAACUCUUGAUCUUCGAAAACUUAUUGAUUCGAUGGAAGAGGCAAGAAAUGCUUAGGAAACAUUUUUUUUUGGAAAGGGAGAUCUGGUUUAAAAAGAGGCGAGGGCACAAUGGAUGGCAUCCGUAGCCUUCCGAAUCCUUUAAAUAUUUUUGUAUUAAUUAUUCAUAUUUUUAUUCAAAUUUGAGGUUAAUUGUUUUCCAAUAUUUUUGCUAAUUCUUUAAUCCGUAGGGCAUGGAUGGAAAGGAUAUCUUGAAAGGGCCUUCUCUCAUUUUGUCGCAUUUUCCAUGGCUUUGGAGAUUAACAAAGCCUCGUUUCAUAUAAUCUCGAAUACUUUUCCCCGCACCGGCAUUCCCCUCUUUUCCGCUCGCUUUUUGCAAACCGAAGGGAAAGCGUUUAUGCAGAUUUGGGAGAUAAGCGACCUUAAUUAAGGCUUCUCGGCCUUUCUUCUCAACUUUUUCUUUUAAAUUUUUUGUUUGUAAUUAAUUUUUUAAAUUAAUUUAUUUUAGAUGAUCAAUCUUUGAAGAAUCCGAUGACUUCUUCCUCGAAUCUCGAAUGUGCUGAAACCAGCUCAUCCCCGCCACUUCCGCAGACUUCUGAAUCCACGGAAAAGUUACAGGAUCAUGGUGAACGAACAGAAACUCUGGAGCCGAAUCCAAUCCAACCUGAAUCUAGUCUAGAAAAUCGAGAUCUCAAUCCAGCUCAGACUUUGGAUGCGAAUGAACCUGCAUCUGGGACUUCAGAAGUUGUAGAAUCCAUAGCCGUAUCUUCAGAAUUCAAAGAAGAGGUCAGUACGAUAUCCCCAGACACAACUCAAGAUGGCCAGAGACAACGCGCAGAUUCAGAACCUAUACCUGGGACCUCAACACAACCGGAGGCCCAACCUGAUGCCAAGAAAUCGGCGACGGUGGAAAGAACAACGGAAAUGAUUCAAAAACAGAUGAACGAGAUCGAAAAGGAGAUAAACAGAAGGAUGCAGAAUAAGAAUGUCAGACAGGUAAGCUCUUCUCUUCUUUGCUUCUCGCUUUAUGAAACCGUGGUGAAGGUAAAGAUGAUCCGGAGCUACUUAACUCGCUGGCCUAGCCGCAUUCUAACUGGACUGGUCCCUGGACUGGUCGCUUUCUAACCCCUCUGACUCUGCUUUUAGAUCGAUGAGGCCGAGUUGGCCCAGCUCUUGAAUGAUCAUGGUUUCGGGAGUUUCGUCGACGCCAAGUCCUCGACGGACUCGGGGAGCACGGUAAGAAGAGGCCGUCGUCGUACCGUGCUUGUGGUUUCGGUUCUUGUGUUGUUCAGAUAAUAUUAUUUUUGUAUUACUAACACGAUCUCGAUGUAGGGGUGUUAAUGAAUAAUUCGUCUAAUCUUUUCUUUUUCAGGCAUCGGCACUCCCUUACCGACCUCCAGAUCAAGAGAAAGACAGCUCUCGACCAACCUUGGAGCAGCUCCGAUCCUCUUUCAGUCCUCCAUCCGACCAUUUCGCAGCCCAAUCUCUUGAUCCCAACUCUCAUCACAACUUCAACUUUGGUCCCACGGCUACCGGAAAUGGUCUAGGACUUCAUGGACCGGCUGCAUUUGCGACCAGUCCCACCUUGCCUCAGGGGAUCAAUGCUCCAAUCGGGGUUUAUCCCUUGGCCAAUCCCCAGAUGAUGGGUCAAUUCCCGGGGAUGUUCCCUCCCCAGAUGAUGAAACCCGCGGAAGCCGAGGCCUUCUAUCCAUAUCCCUCUAUUCCGGUGCAGAAUGUAUUCCCAGCCACUAAUCCAGCUGCUCCAGGUCUUCUAAAUUCCAAUGAAAUUACUCCUGAAAUGGCGGCCGAACUUUUGAAGAAAAUACAACUUCAGAAUCCACAACUUCUGGAGAAACUCAUGGAACAACAGAAGGCUGAACCCGAGAUCCCCAAACCCGUCGGGAUCCCGGCCCCGCCCCCUCCAGGAUCAACCAUCGAACGGCCCAAUCCAGGGAAUCAGCGGCCGAAAACCGAAAGCGGAGAUUGGCCAAUGAAUGGAAACGGUCAAGAGAAUGGGAAGGGGGAGGAAAACAACGAACCGGUUUGGGUGAUGAGGUAGGCUUUUAAAGUAGUACUGAGAAGGGUUACGUUAUUCAUGGUUAUGGGAUAUUACAGGCAUCCUUUUUAGGGACACAUUUGUAAAACGAAUGCAACGAGAGGAGCAACGGAAUCGAGAAUCAAUGGAAGAACAGAAUGGCCAUAAGGAGGAAGAGAGUAGGUCCAAUUUAUAUUGCCGUAGAUUCGAAUUUUAGAAUUAACGGGAUUAGAGGAGAUGAAUGAAGAAGAAGAGACAUCUAAGUUGUUGAAAAGAGACUCGAAUGAGCUGGUUGAAGAGAAUAUUAAGCAGAAGAAGGUGAACAACAAAAAAGAAGGUAGGUUGGGGAAAAGUGGACUUACAUUUGGCCUAGAAUUUGUCUGGAGGAUGGGGUUUGGUCAUUACCUUAGGGAUUUCUGGAUAAAAUCUUAAUACGAAGAUAUGAUCUUAACAAUAAAAAAUGUCGAAUCUAAUCUCCAACCCCCUUCUGUCUAUUGUCUGAUCGCACCGCCCGUCUCCCAGUGCUUUAACCCUAUGUAAUUAACACUUUUUUCUUUAAUAUAACCUCCCCCGAGCCCUCUCUGACCCUGCGGGCAUUGAUUCAAGCAUCAUUUAAUUUAAAGGUAGGUAUAACAACGAGUGAAUGCCGUGUUAAUUUAGCUUGAUGUGGCUUGAAGAAUGUCCCUUUGUUCGCCGCCCGUCCUUUUUCUUGUUCUUCUUGGCAUUAGUUAUGAUUUUGAUGUCCAGAUUUUAAUUUAUCCAGUAGUCCUACUGUCAUUUAUAAUAUAAAUGUGAAUUGAAGCGGUUAUACGCUACUAUAAUGAAUGUUUUCAGUAAUGGUACAUGAACCUGCAGUUCUGAUCGAGGGAGUUCUCUUCCGUGCCCGGUAUUUGGGAUCCACUCAGAUGUCAACUGAUGGAAGAGCGACCAAGUCUAGUCGAAUGUCACAAGCUCAAGAGGCUGUAGCGAGAGUUAAGGUUAGUGCUGGCCAUUCUCAAACUUUAGGAGACAUUAAUUUAUGUUGUUGUGGGUACUGAUCUACUGUAACCUAAUGCAGCUGGUCGGAAAACUUUCAAGCAGUAUUUUCUUAAUUUUUGGGUUGGGUUCUAAAGUUUAUUUUGAGCGGUACCGUAAAGUGACAGAUUUAUUUUUUUUUAUUGUUUUAGGCCCCGGAUGGAGAUGUCCAACCAAGCACGGAGAUCGAUUUAUUUAUCUCCACUGAGAAGAUUAUGGUGCUUAACACAGAUCUACAGGUGGGUGGGGUAUUCGAAUACUCAUUUCUCCGGAUGUUUUCCCCAAAUUGAGCUUUUAUCACAUCUCCAUCGUCAUGUGUAAUAUGGCAUUACUUCCAAGAGUAGUGCAAUUUUAAAUAUAAUUCUGGACUUACACAUGACUGUUGGGUUUUGAAUUACUUCUCCCGUCUAUGCUCACAUUUGAGGCUUCUCCAGUCCGCUGUACAUGUAGAUGUACAUGUGGUUUACAUAUGGAUGUAGAUGUUUUUAUAUAAAAGUAGAUCGAGUGUAAUGUUUGAGCUGAAUGUGUGCGGCCGCUAGUUGAAAGGGUUACUGUAGGUUACUGUAGCUGUCUUGAUUGAUCUUUUUGCUCCGACCUGCCUCUUUUUAUAUCCAGUUUUAUCUUGUAGUAGCUUCUUUUACUCGAAAAUCAUACUGUAUUUUUUAGAGGAUAUCCGAAACGGACGUUCGUCAGGUGAGUAAUCGGCUCCAUGUUACACUUACACCAUGAUUUUGCACUUUUUUCUCAUUUCCUGAUAACGUUCUUUCUCUCUUAACACUCUUUGGGUUACGGUAACAUCUCUAUGAGUUCGGCUUUCGCUUUGUUUUACAGUAAUGUGAUCGGCUGUCAACAUUUUGCACUUGCAUUCUAACCCAUUCGUUCGUUGAUGUGUGGAGUGUUGCCCUCGGGGCAUUUGUAACGGUGUUAUUUGGGAUUUGCAGGACAUUCUGAUGGAUCAUGCUCUCCGAAGUGUCUCUUAUAUCGCGGAUAUUGGAGAUCUGGUGGUGCUAAUGGCUAGGCGGGUGGCCCAGAGUUGUAAUGGAAGCGAUGACGAGGAGUGAGUUCACUGUUAUCUUGGCUGAUUAUUCAAUUUUUCGUGAACGUAUUCAAAUUUUUUGACGUAAUUGUUAGAAAAAUUUUUGGCAUGCCUUGAUCCUAAGAGAAACUUUGGACCUAUUCCCACAUUUCCAUACCCUUUACCGCAUACACUUGGCCCUUCCUUCUUCUGACUUUGGAUUCUUUUCAGUCCGGAAACGAUUCGUCGCACUCCCCGUUUAAUAUGUCAUGUUUUCGAGUCCGAGGAGGCUUCAUUUAUCGUCCAAUCUAUCGGUCAGGCCUUCCAGGUGGCCUACAUCGAGUUCCUCAGGGCCAAUGGAAUUGAUGAUCCGGCGUGUCUAAGAGAAAUCGACUAUCAGGUACGACUUUACAUUGCACUUGGGGUCUGGCUUAAGUAGUUUUUAAAUUUCGGGCCCGAAAACUGAUUAAAUCUUCAUUUCUGUGGUCAUUCUAGACUUUAUCAGAUCUAAGGUUGUUUGCUAUCACAUUAGAGUCGAAUUCUGAGAUUACGCUUGCAGGAAGUCCUCAAUUCCCAGGAAUUAAUGGGUGAGGAAUUGGAAAUGUUUGCCCGAAAAGAGACCCAGAAGGAUGUAAUUGUCCCCAAAAAGGUUGGAGAGGCCUUAGGAAUUGUUGUCGUGGAAUCUGGAUGGGGAUCCAUGCUCCCUACAGUUGUUGUGGCCAAUCUGGCACCAGGGGGGCCAGCCUCAAGAUCGAAUCAACUAAAUAUUGGAGAUCAAAUCAUUGCCAUAAAUGGGAUCAGUCUGGUUGGAUUGCCCUUAACAGCAGCUCAGCAGAAUAUCAAGGCAUGUAAUUUGUGCCGAUAGUGUUCUUUAGUGAGAUGAUGACUAAUUUUAUAUCUUUUUAGAACGCAAAAUCCUCAACGGCAGUCCGGCUAACAAUCGUAUCAACACCGCCAGUAGUCGAGGUCAGGAUAAAACGCCCCGAUACCAAAUAUCAGCUCGGAUUCAGCGUCCAAAAUGGAGUUGUAAGUAUUUCGAGAUUGUUCAUGCCUAAUAUAUAUUAGGUUUAGAAGUAUGACUCCGCCGUUUUUACUGCUCAUGUCUUCGAUCAUAGCAAAAAUUUUUUUACACUUAACCUUUUUAUUCAAUUUUUUAUUUUAUUUUUGAUUACGAUACUUUUGUAUAAUAUGUUCAACUUUCGAAUCCACCAGAGAAAGCAUUUGGCUAAAUCUAACCCUCAUCUUGCAGAUAUGCUCUCUGCUUCGUGGCGGAAUUGCUGAACGAGGAGGAAUCCGAGUAGGGCAUCGGAUAAUCGAGAUCAACCAUCAAAGUGUGGUCGCCGUUCCCCACGAGCGGAUCGUGAACAUGCUGGCGACGGCCACAGGUGAGAUCCACAUGAAGACUAUGCCCACGGCUGUCUUCCGUCUGCUCACCGGACAAGAGGUCCCCAAUUACAUUUAA